UAGCCAUAGCGGUUUUACUCUCUGGGUUCUGCGUCGCUUCUUUCUGCAGAUUUGCUGUUGCCCUUGUUGUUGGGCAUUGCUCGUUGCUUUCUUCGGUCCAAGGAAUCUGGGGUCAGAAAUCAAAUCAGUAUAAGCCUCUUCAAGCCAUAGAUAUCCUCUUGUCCUUGUAUGCUCUGUCUGCUCAGUUCUACCAGGCACCAGCUAUCACGGUUUAUGCACCGUGUUUAUCUCUCCAGCUCUUGAUUUUUGAAUGGUCUUUUAGAGAGAGAGAGAGAAAGAGUCGAGAUGGCGGAGAAGUCUGAAGUAUUGGAGGCUGUUUUGAAGGAAGCUGUGGAUUUGGAGAACAUACCCAUUGAGGAGGUGCUUGAGAAUCUGAGAUGUAGCAGGGAAGGUCUCACCUCUGACGCUGCUGAAGAGAGACUGACCAUCUUUGGCCACAACAAGCUUGAGGAGAAGAAGGAGAGCAAAUUUUUGAAGUUCUUGGGAUUUAUGUGGAACCCUCUGUCUUGGGUCAUGGAGGCUGCGGCUAUAAUGGCGAUAGCGCUGGCCAAUGGUGGGGGGAAGCCUCCUGACUGGCAAGAUUUUGUGGGUAUCAUUACGCUGCUUUUCAUCAAUUCAACUAUCAGUUUCAUCGAGGAGAACAAUGCGGGUAAUGCGGCGGCGGCUCUCAUGGCUCGCCUCGCUCCAAAAGCAAAGGUUCUCCGAGAUGGCAGGUGGAAUGAGCAAGAUGCCUCGGUUCUGGUUCCUGGUGACAUAGUCAGUAUUAAACUUGGGGAUAUUAUUCCAGCUGAUGCACGUCUACUCGAGGGGGAUCCAUUGAAAAUUGAUCAAUCUGCUCUUACUGGAGAGUCCUUGCCAGUUACGAAGGGACCUGGUGAUGGUGUAUAUUCUGGUUCUACAUGCAAACAAGGAGAGAUUGAAGCUGUGGUCAUCGCCACUGGUGUUCAUACCUUUUUUGGGAAAGCUGCUCACCUUGUAGAUACCACUAAUCAAGUGGGUCAUUUCCAAAAGGUCUUGACUGCAAUUGGGAACUUCUGCAUAUGUUCAAUUGCUGUGGGGAUGAUUAUCGAGAUUAUUGUCAUGUAUCCCAUCCAAGAUCGAGAUUAUCGCCCUGGAAUUGAUAACCUUCUUGUACUUCUGAUUGGAGGAAUUCCAAUUGCCAUGCCCACUGUUCUCUCUGUGACCAUGGCCAUCGGUUCUCAUAGGCUAUCUCAGCAGGGGGCUAUCACCAAGAGGAUGACGGCUAUUGAAGAAAUGGCAGGCAUGGAUGUACUUUGCAGUGAUAAGACUGGAACUUUAACUUUAAACAAGCUAACUGUUGACAAGAACCUUAUUGAGGUUUUUGCGAAAGGAGUGGAUGCAGACACUGUUGUGUUGAUGGCAGCUCGAGCCUCAAGACUUGAAAAUCAAGAUGCAAUAGACUCUGCCAUUGUUGGGAUGCUGGCUGAUCCAAAGGAGGCACGUGCUGGCAUUCAAGAAGUACAUUUUCUUCCUUUCAAUCCUACUGAUAAGCGGACAGCAUUAACUUAUAUUGACCGUGAUGGCAAAAUGCACAGAGUGAGCAAAGGUGCACCAGAGCAGAUUCUUCAUCUUGCACACAAUAAGUCAGACAUUGAACGUAGAGUUCACGCAGUGAUAGAUAAGUUUGCAGAGCGUGGUUUGCGAUCUCUUGCUGUAGCAUACCAGGAAGUUCCAGAAGGAAGGAAAGAGAGUGCUGGAGGUCCAUGGCAGUUUGUUGGUCUUAUGCCUCUGUUUGAUCCACCCAGGCAUGAUAGUGCUGAAACAAUAAGGAGGGCACUCAACCUUGGAGUAAAUGUCAAAAUGAUUACAGGGGAUCAACUUGCUAUAGGAAAGGAAACAGGCCGUCGCUUGGGAAUGGGUACCAACAUGUAUCCCUCAUCAGCAUUGCUGGGGCAGGACAAGGAUGAAUCCAUUGCUGCUUUGCCUGUUGAUGAACUAAUCGAAAAAGCUGAUGGAUUUGCUGGUGUUUUUCCUGAGCACAAGUAUGAGAUUGUGAAACGCUUGCAAGCUAGGAAACAUAUCUGUGGAAUGACUGGUGAUGGAGUGAAUGAUGCGCCAGCCCUUAAAAAGGCAGAUAUUGGCAUAGCUGUUGCUGAUGCCACUGAUGCAGCUCGUAGUGCAUCUGAUAUUGUUUUGACUGAACCUGGUCUUAGCGUUAUCAUCAGUGCUGUUUUGACUAGUCGGGCUAUCUUCCAGAGAAUGAAAAAUUAUACAAUUUAUGCUGUCUCAAUCACAAUUCGUAUUGUGCUUGGAUUUAUGUUGCUGGCUCUCAUCUGGAAGUUUGACUUCCCACCUUUCAUGGUUCUCAUUAUCGCCAUUCUGAAUGAUGGUACUAUAAUGACAAUUUCAAAAGAUCGAGUAAAACCAUCUCCUCUGCCAGAUAGCUGGAAGCUAGCAGAGAUAUUUACCACUGGAAUAAUACUUGGAAGUUACUUGGCAAUGAUGACAGUGAUAUUCUUUUGGGCGGCAUACAAAACAAACUUCUUCCCGCGAGUAUUUGGGGUCUCAACUCUUGAGAAAACUGCUCAUGAUGAUAUCCGAAAACUUGCAUCAGCAAUAUAUCUUCAAGUGAGCACUAUUAGUCAGGCCCUUAUAUUUGUAACUCGGUCUCGAGGUUGGUCAUAUGUUGAGCGUCCUGGCAUACUGCUGGUAACUGCUUUUGUGAUUGCUCAGCUGAUUGCUACUUUGAUUGCAGUCUAUGCAAACUGGAGCUUUGCUGCAAUUGAAGGAAUAGGUUGGGGUUGGGCUGGUGUAAUAUGGCUGUACAACAUAAUAUUCUAUAUCCCUCUUGAUUUCCUUAAGUUCUUCAUUCGCUAUGCUUUGAGUGGGAGGGCUUGGGAUCUUGUCAUUGAACAAAGGGUUGCUUUCACAAGACAAAAGGACUUUGGGAAGGAACAAAGGGAACUUCAGUGGGCACAUGCACAGAGAACACUGCACGGAUUACAAGCACCAGACACCAAAUUGUUUACCGAGCGCACACAUUUCCAUGAACUCAAUCAAAUGGCUGAAGAAGCAAAAAGGAGAGCUGAAAUUGCAAGGUUGAGAGAGCUGCAUACACUAAAAGGUCAUGUAGAAUCAGUUGUAAGACUGAAGGGGCUCGACAUAGAAACAAUUCAGCAAGCAUACACAGUCUGAGGUGCUUAUCCAUUUGCAGGCUGAUACCGUAAAGGUGGGUCACAUUGUAAUGGCGCUGAGAGUAAUGGAAUGUAGUGAAUGAUUGCACUGAGUAACUUAAAUAUCCUUGUUAUUGUGAUGUUUUGUUUUGAGCACUUAAAGGAGUGCUUUGUUAGCCCUAUGUAUAUGUGCUUUGUUUCUCGCUACCAGUUUACCUCUAUUUAUCUCCCAGUUCUCUGAGGCCAGAAAAGAUUAGGGAUUCAUCUUGUUAUAUGCCUAAUAGAUUCUCUGUCGAUCUUCAACUUAGGAUUUAAUUAUGGACACAUGAAUAAAUUUUGAAGGGAAAAAGCAUGGGAUAUCUCUAGUUAUUUUGAA